GCGGCGGUAUAAAAUGUGCGCCGCGGGGCGGACGGCCCUCAGAACGCGUCGGCGGCGGAGCGGAGCGGGUUCCUGCGUCAACAGUGCUUGGACGGAACCGGCCGCGCUCGGGCCCGCCGCGCCCCCUCCCACACAACCACACCACCGCCGCUCACACAGUCACCGCCGUACCCACCGGAGCACCCAGCCAUGGCAGCGCCCCCCUCCCAGGUGCGCCAGAACUACCACCAGGACUGCGAGGCCGCCGUCAACCGCCAGAUCAACCUGGAGCUCUACGCGUCCUACGUGUACCUCAGCAUGUCCUACUAUUUUGACCGGGAUGAUGUGGCUCUGAAAAACUUUGCCAAGUACUUCCUGCAUCAGUCCCAUGAGGAGCGGGAGCACGCGGAGAAGCUGAUGAAGCUGCAGAACCAGAGGGGAGGGCGCAUCUUCCUGCAGGACAUCAAGAAGCCAGACCGUGAUGACUGGGAGAAUGGCCUGACUGCAAUGGAGUGUGCCCUGCACCUGGAAAAGAACGUGAACCAGUCACUGCUAGAACUGCACAAAUUGGCAACUGAGAAGAACGACCCACACUUGUGUGACUUCAUUGAGACUCAUUACCUGGAUGAGCAGGUGAAAGCCAUCAAGGAGCUGGGUGACCAUGUGACCAACCUGCGGAAGAUGGGGGCACCAAAAUACGGCAUGGCCGAGUACCUCUUCGACAAGCACACCCUCGGGGACAGUGACAAUGACAGCUGAAGUCUGGCCCAGAGACACGCUGUGGGUUUCAGUGGGACUCCUACUUAAUGUCCAGCCGUGCAUGCAGCUUCAGCUACCUAGAGAAACAGUUCCAUUCUCUGUACCAAAUAUCACCCCCCUUCUCUCUUGUGUUUUAUGUACUGCCCUCCAGCCAAUAAAGUGACUUGGUUCCA